AUGGACAGAAGUGGUACAGUAUCACAAAGUUUUUUUCGCUCCAUGGUCCUUGAGAUGUGCAACUUGAGGCAUUUCACCUGGAUCAGACUGCGAAUCAGAAGCUGCCAGCACAAACAGUCUUGUCGAGAAAGGCCUGCUAUGCUGUAUAGCUGCCCAAAACUCUCUCCAACCGGCUGGUUCUGUGUGACGCGCAGUGACACACAUAUGGUGAAUGCCAAGGAAUCCAAAUCGGCGUGUGAAGGACAACAGUGUCUCGUGUCGCAUCGAAGCCACCAAGUUGGUGGGCCCAGAGACAUCUACAAGAGCCUUCGAUCCAAUCGAGAUGUGCAAGAGGAGGACUUGCUCUACGUCACCAGCAUUGUGAGGGGAGAGGAGAUCUUGCCGCCCUCCCCACCGGAAGGCUAUGGCAACCCUCCGACCAAGCUGGAGCAGGCCAUGACGAGCAGAAAAGCUGCACUGUGCCGAACCUGA